AUGAAACAGGACAAGUCACUGCCCCUCUUGCAAGACCCUGGGGCCAUCGAGGCGGCGAAUUUUGCAACAAAUCAACUACCAUGCUGCGAAGGAGCUAGUGUACCCUUCAGAGACCUGCAAAAGGCGCGUCUGGCCUUCAGAACCAAAGACAUCGACGCCACAAGAGCUGCUCAUCAACAGCGUAAUCUUCACAACCACGAGCAAAACGGCUAUGACGAACUCUCGGGUGUCCACAGAGAAGCACACAAGACAACUUCUUCGGAGUACCUAAAAGCUGUUGUUUUCGGAGGCCUCGAUGGAAUCGUGACGAUCUUUGCGAUUGUUGCUGGAUGCGUCGGUGCGAACUUACACCCCUCCAAGGUUGUUAUUAUAGGUAUUGGGAAUCUUUUAGCUGAUGCAAUAAGCAUGGGCUUCGGCGAGUUUGUAAGCUCUGCAGCAGAAGAGGACUUUGUUAAGAGCGAACGCGAGCGCGAGGAAUGGGAAAUAGAAAACUGUCCAGAUGAAGAAAAACAAGAAAUGAUCGAGAUUUAUAGGGAUCGCUAUGGUUUUACGGAAGAGGACGCAGACUCGCUUGUCAGAAUUUCGUUCAAGUACAGAGAGUUCUUUGUGCGACACAUGAUGGUCGAAGAGUUGGGAUUAAUGCCAGUCGAGGGUCCGAGCCCGAUUAGAAGAGGCGCGGUAAUGUUUACUGCCUUUUCCACAUUUGGAUUGCUUCCAUUGGCGGGUUUUGUUGCUUGGAUAACUAUGUCGGGAACGAGCACGGAUAGCCGCUUGGCAUUUGUGAUGGCUUGCGCUGUAUCGGGCGUGGCACUAUUCAUUUUGGGCUUUUUAAAGGGUCGCUUUGUCAAUCAAAGUUCUCUGAAAUCUGGGCUUCUCAUGAUUCUCAAUGGAACGUGCGCUGGCACUGUCGCGUACACUGUCGGAGCUUCUUUAGAGGUAUGUCUUCAGCUGAGUGUUGGUGAAGUAUUUUGUUUGAAGUCUUGCGAGCAACAAAGCCCACGCAGUGAGGACUAUUUGAGGCGGCCUCGUGCGUUUUGUGUUCCGACAGUAUUCAAAUGCACGUUGUUGAGGGCACCCGUAAUCACGUUCCUGGGUUGA